ACGCUGCGACCGUGCGGCAACGAAACGAAACUACGACAUCGAUCUGGCGGCGGCUGGUUGACGGGCCUGUGCGAGCGAAUUACGGAAAUAAACGCGUUGACGCGUAAUGUCGGUGGUGCUAGUGCAUUAAAAUAUACCGAAUAACGUUCUGUGCAUCUAGAUAUUAUAAUGUUACUUCGUUUAUGUGCUUAGUGUAAGAAAUAUAGCUACUCGCAAAAAGUGAAGUGAUUUGGUGUAGUGUUCUCAGGAAAACCUGACUUAACGCCUUUGGAGUCGACUGCCGGUUGUGCAUGGUGCCAAGAAGACAUCCGUUGGAGUGACAACAGAGAAAAGCUACAGGAGCUAUGGCGGACACUGCCACAGAGCCGCUGCCGAACGGCAACGCGGCGGCCGAGGAGGAGGAAAGAUUGAAGCAGCGUCCAGCAGACAUUGACGCUGAUGUCCGCGAAAUGGAGCGCCGCAAGCGCGUGGAAGCGCUCAUGUCCUCCAAGCUGUUCCGCGAGGAGCUGGAGCGCGUGCUCGACCAGCAGAUGCACGAGGGUGGCGACGCGCCGCUGCUGCAGCGCAUCCGCGAGAUGGUGGGCGGCAGGCUGCACACCGGCACCUUCAGGAGUCCCAGCUGCGUGCUUCCCAUCAACGACAUCCGCGGCAUCGAGGGUUUCGGCUAUGAGAAGGGCGAAAAGAUCCUCCGCUGUAAGCUCGCCGCUUGCUACCGCCUGGUCGACCUGUUCGGUUGGACCCAGACCGGCAUCAACGGUCAAAUCACCGCCCGUCUCAACACCGCCGUGGAACAGGUCCUGACCACCCCUCGGGGUCUUCUUCCUCAUGAGGUCACCGCCUCCUCGCUCGUGAAGGUGGACAUGCAGGGCGUGGUGCAAGACCAGGGGACCACCAACUUCCCCGUCAACGUUGAAGGAUUCUCCCUCCACGCAUCAGUGCACGCGGCGCGGCCGGACCUUCGCUGCGUGCUGCACCUGCGCUCGCCCGGCGCGCUCGCUGUCUCCAGCACCCGGCGCGGCCUGCUGCCCAUCUCCCACGAGGCAGCCCUGCUGGGACCGCUGGCCUACCACAGCGUGCCUCCCGGCCUCCUGGACAACGAGGAGCACGAGAAGAUGGUCCGCGCACUCGGGCCCUCCGCCAAGGUGCUGAUGCUGAGCAGCGCCGGCGCGCUCUGCUGCGGCGCCUCGCUCGAGGAGGCCUUCCACCACGCGCGCCAGCUCACAGCUGCCUGCGAGGUGCAGCUGCGUCUGGCCGCCGUGCCGCAGGACGACCUGCAUCUGCUGGACGAGGAGACCAGGCACAAGAUCUACGAACAGUCGCGCUCCGCGCCGACCGGCGACGCGAAAUGGCGCGUCGGCGGCGAAGAGUUCGAGGCUCUCAUGAGGAUGUUGGACAACGCUGGCUUCCGCACUGGCUACAUCUACCGCCAUCCGCUCAUCAAGAACGAGGUGCCGAAACCCAAGAACGACGUGGAAGUGCCGCCAGCUGUCUCUUCUCUGGGAUACCUGCUUGAAGAGGAGGAGCUCUACCGACAAGGCAUCUGGAAGAAGGGCAGCGGCAAGGUGGGAGAGCGCACGCGCUGGCUCAACUCCCCCAACGUCUACCAGAAGGUGGAAGUGCUGGAGACGGGCACCACCGACCCCAAGAAGAUCACCAAGUGGGUCGACGCUAACAACGAAGAGUGGGUGCAAGAUGGUUCGCCCGCGCAUUCGAGCACGCCGGUCAAAAUUGACACGCUACAGUUUGUGCCUAAGAAUACCAAUCCUAAGGAGUUCAAGGCAUUACAACAGCAGAUCAAGGAUAACCGCCGCGCGGAUAAGAUCAGCGCCGGCCCGCAGUCGCACAUCCUAGAGGGAGUCACUUGGGAUGAAGCCAGCAAACUUGUAGGCGAGGAUGCUGUGAACACACACACCGGGGAUCAUGUGGUCCUAAUGGGCGCAGCGUCCAAGGGCAUCAUCCAACGCGGCCACCAGCACAACGCGACCGUGUACAGCGCCCCCUACGCGCGCAACCCGUUCGAACACGUCACCGACGGCGACAUAGAGGAGUACCGGCGCCAGGUGGAGCGCCGCGCCCGCCCCGACUACGACACGGACCUGUCCGAAUCCGAAGCCAUCAGCGCCGCGCAGAUCACCUCGCCGGCCAGCGCCACCGAAACCGAGGAGGAGUCGCGAGACGAGCACCGCGUCCUCAGAAUAGAGACGAAGCAAGUGCCGGUGAGAAGUCAGCCAGAGGUCGUGUUGAGCGAUGUGGACACGACAGACUUUCUGCAUGCCGAGCGGUCACAUGCCGAUCGGACCCGAGGCUCAAUUCCCAAAGAGCCGCGGGACCCGAACCUCCUGUCUGACGACGAAGUGUUCCUUGACUCGCCAGUCGGGUCCACCGCAUCCUCGGCCGUGAUGUCACCCGCGCCGCCCGUCACUCCCGUGACCGUCGUGCGAGUGCAUGCGGGGGUCGUUAGAGGCGAGCACACCGUCAACGGUGACCACUCCGACGCCCACCAGAGCACUUUCUCUCACAGCAGUAAAGAGGGCUCUCCAUCCAAGGAGGUGUCGACAGAGGAGUCUCCCAAGAAGGACAAGAAGAAGAAGAAGGGCCUGCGGACGCCGUCCUUCCUCAAGAAGAAGAAGGAGAAGAAGAAGGACAAGGCGCAGCCCGCCUAGAG